UUAGUUCAUGGUGAUUUUCAUAGUGGUAAUUUACUUUUGUUAACCCAUGCUAUUGCUUAUAUAAGUGACUUGGGAUUAAGUCGACCAGCAGAUAAACCUAAUAAAUCAAAUGAAAUUUAUGGAAUACUUCCUUAUAUUGCACCCGAAGUAUUACGUGGUAAACCAUAUACUAAAGCUUCUGAUAUAUAUUCUUUCGGUAUUAUAAUGUGGGAAAUGAUAUCUGGUGUUCCUGCAUUUAAUGAUGUACCUCAUGAUUUUAAUCUUUCCUUAGCUAUUUGCAAAGGAUUAAGACCAAGAGUUAUUGAUGACACAGAACCUGAAUAUGUAGAAUUAAUGAAAAGAUGUUGGGAUUCUGACCCUAGUAAAAGGCCGACA